AUGUCGUCAGUUAUGGUCUCAUCUGGGAUGAACAUAAUUACUCCAUCGACUUCAGCUAUUUUACCAACGAGCCCAAUUAUUUCAAAUAGCGACUCUUACACAACCUUAUCCACGUUUUCAUCUAGCACAACCAGUUCCACGGAAUCUACGGUGGCACCAACGAGUUUAAUUUCAGAUGUCUCUACAAUAGGUUCUACAUCAAGAUCUGAUAUGGUUUCAUCCGACAAAGGUAGUGUUUCUUUAUCUACAUCACAGCCAACAAGCACUAGUACAAGUUCAAGUUUAUCUAGUUCGGGUGUUAGUUCUCAAUCAGAUUUAGCCACUGUCUCAUCUGGCAUAAGCAGUCUCUUUUCAUCUGUAUUGGAAUCGACAACUUCAAGUCCAAGUUCAGUGCAAAGUUCAAUUGCUUCAAAUAUUGAUUCCCAAUUGUCUUCGGCCACCAUCUCAUCUGGCAUGAGUGGUUUUAUACCUUCUUCUAUGCUUUCACUAACUUCAAGCUCCGGAAUUCAAUCAACAUCCACUAAUUCAAGGACCUCCGGUAUUUCAUAUACUUCAGAUCCAGAACUUCCAACAUCUACUAUUUCAGAAAUUGAAUCUCAAUCAAGUUUUAUCACUGUCUCAUCAACUGUGAGUAGCUCCAACCCUUCUACCUCCUCUCCAUUGCCUACAAUUUCAACUACUUCAGAUAUUGCCCCCCAAUCCAGCGCUUCGACAAUUUCGGGAAUAAGUUCAAUCUCAACUUCAGUUGUAUUCUCCUCUGUAUCUUCACCAGAAUCGACAUAUUUUAGUUCAUGUGCCUCAGAUAUACUCUCCACAUCAAGCUCUACCAUAGUUUCCUCCAGAAAGAAUAGCCAACCUCCAUCGACUUUGGAACCCACAUCUCCUACAGCCUCAUCUGAUGUCAUAACUUCUAUUUCAUCUGCUUCUAACCCAAUGCCCUCAAUUUCAACUAGUUCAAACAUUGGUUCUCAAUCUAGUUUAUCCACGGUUUCAUCUAGUCUGACCUGUCCUUCUGUAUCAAUGGUCUCCUCUGGUGUGAUUAGUUCUAUUCUUUCUACCUCAAAUCCAACUUCUACAGUUGAUACCAAGUCAAUUUCUGAUAGUAUCUCAUCUAGUGCAUGUAGCACUAUCUUCUCUACACCAGAAUCGAUAAGCUUAAGCUCAGGUUCUUCUGUGAUUGUUUCGGGCUCGACAUCUUUUAUUUCAACUCGUACUAUUCCAUGUUCAUCAAAAACAUUAGUUGCAAGCUCAAGUGUCCCAGGAAGCGAUUCAGUUUCGACAUGUGUGCCAACUUUACCUAUAACAUCAUCUGGUAUGAGUUCCGUUUCUGCAUCAAAGACAAUUGCUUCUAAUUCAAGUCCAUUAAUAACAGAUCCCUCUUUGUCGACAAUAUUUUCACAUUCAUGUGUCGGAACGUUAACUUCUGCUUCCGAAUUAGUGCCAGAUACUAGUACAAUAAGGAUUGUGACUGUGACUAAAUAUAAUUCUUUAACGAUUCAUCGCACUAGGUUCGUAACAUAUGCAUGGACCGGUUAUACCAAUCUAACUUCUUUUAUAACGGUUAGGACUCUGUAUGGGACGUUAUAA